AUGUUCGCGGCAAGAAGAGUCAUGCCGAUCAUUCCAGUAGCGGAGAUACCCACAGUAUCUCUUCUCUACCACCUCAAGAAGCUCGCUCCCGCCAUCUUCGAGAAGGGAACCGAAGCACCCAAACCUUCCCAGUCCUUUAAUGACCGCAUCGGCCUCAUUCGGGGAGAUAUUACGAAACUACAAGUUGGAGCCAUCGUCAAUGCUGCAAACAACUCGCUGCUAGGAGGAGGUGGGGUUGAUGGCGCAAUACAUAGAGCGGCGGGCCCUGACUUGCUGAAGGAAUGUCGUAGGCUAGACGGCUGCGAUACUGGCUCAGCCAAGAUCACUGAUGCCUAUGAGCUUCCAUGCAAGAAGGUCAUUCAUGCCGUCGGCCCAAUCUACAGCUCUCGCUUUCUUGAGGAAAGCGCGGAGGAUCUGGCGGGAUGCUACACCAAAAGCUUGCAGCUUGCUGUUGCCAGUGAUUGCAAGAGCAUUGCAUUCAGUGCACUCAGUACAGGUGUCUAUGGCUAUCCAAGCAACGAUGCUGCUCCUAUUGCUAUCAAGGCAGUGAAGGACUUCCUCGAAGGCGAGCAUGGUGAUAAGCUUGAGCGAGUCAUCUUCUGCACUUUCGUGGAGAAGGAUGUUGAUGCAUACAAUCACUGGUUGCCACGUUUCUUUCCGUCUACUGAAGAGUCCGAGAGCGAUGAUUGGGAGGAAGUACAGGCCGGAGAAUCGUCAGAGAACGGACUAGGCAGAAAGGCAGGGGCCGACCACUCUCAUGUGUUGGCCGAGGUCACACUUCCUGACGUGCCCACUGCCGAGCCAGUUGAUGAGGGUCCAGCCGCAAAGAAGCAGAAAGCAAAUGAUGACGAUGGAAAGCCUUAG